AUGAAUAGCAACGUUACUCUUCACUCUUCCUCAGCAAGUCUUCAUCAUGAAGAGGAGGAAAUUUCGGAUGAUAUGAACCUAGAUGAUGACGCUGAUUUGGGAGGAAAUAGUCAAACCUUUGAUGAGGAAAUAGACUUUAAUAAUACUAGCAGCAAUACUAAUAAUAAUGUUCAACAACAACAAAUAAUUCGAGUAAAGAAGGAGGAAAAUUACUAUGAAGCAUCACAAGUGCUUGAUGAAGAGGCUUCGGAUGAAGAAAUCAAUUUUGAUGAAGUCCAGGAAGUACAACAACCAUUCAAUAAUCAACAAGCACCACCAACAAUACCAGCAAUAACAUCUGAUGAAGAAGAAGAAGUUAACUUUGACGAAGCAAUUGUUGUUAAUUCAGAUGAUGAAAGUGUUUGUUUCGAUGAUGAUUUAGAAGCACCACAACAUGCAUCCCUGAUACGAGUGAAAGUUGAACCAGGAUUAACAAGUAACAAUAGUAGUAUUAGUGUAAAUAUGGACGAGAUGGACAAUAAGAUGCAAGACGAUGAUGAAGAUAUUGAUUUGGACGAACAACAACAGGAAGUUAUUAACGAGACGACCAAUGUAAAUACAAGUAGUAAUAACAAUACUCUCCUUCAACAACCACAAGUAAUAGCAAGUACUGAAUCAACAACACAAGCUAAAGACAUUAUUCAGGAGGAAAGUGAUGAUUUAAAUAUGGAAGAUUUUGACUUUUCUAUGGGAACAAGUGAAUUAUCAUCUUCAAAUCUAUCCAAUAUUAAGUUAGCGGGUAGUCACAACAGUAUAGAGUCAAUUCAACCAGUAUCACUUGUAACUCAACCAACCAUGGAGUCACUUCAACCAUCUCUUACAAUUGAUCCAUCAUUGACAUUGCCACCUUCACCAACACAAUCUUCUCCUGAGAAGGUGCUCCUCACUUCCGAAGAGGAAAGAUCGAUUCCAGCAACACUUGAACAACCAUCAUCGACUAUUCCUACGAGCAGUGUCAGCAGUAGUGUCACAAGUAAGAAUGCGAGUAUCAUCACUCAGGAAAUUAAUAAUACUUUGGGUGAUUCUGCUCUCUCACAAUAUAAGGUCAAACAGGAACGAGGAUUAUCAAAUACCUUAGAAGAAGCAAUCACUAUAGAUUCGGAUUCGGAAGAUGAAGUUAUGGUUGAAAAGGUGAGGGUUGUACCUUCAUCUUUACCAUCACAAUUAGUAAUUGAGGAGAGUGAAAACGAGGAGGAAAUUCCAGAAGAUGACGAUGAACAACUAGAUGAUGAGGAUGAAGAUGACGACGAAGAGGAAGACGAAUACUCUUCCACAUCUUCGGAAGAGGAAAAUGAUGAAGAACUAGAGGAGCAAGAUGCUGUUUCCACAUCAUCUGGUCGCUUUAAACCCUCCCUUAGUGUCAAGAGAAUUGCAACAGCAUUCAGAAUGAUAACAAAGGAUAUUUGUACUGGAUCAUUUUGUUGUGGAGGACCACUGCUUACCAGAGCAGGUCUGCCUGGUCUCAAAUUAAUUAUUCCUAAUCAAGAUCCCGAGCAGGAACCAACACUAAAACAUGUGACAUUCCCUCUCGCUAAUCCAGAACAGGCUAGAGAAAUUAUCAAACUUGCCAAAAGAGCUGCCAAACAUUCUAAUGAAUAUUAUUUGAAUGCUGAUCAAUUUGUCAUUACCAAUCCAAAAUGGAAUGAAAUGGUAUCUGAACUAGUUAAUAGUUGCACUAGAGGUAAUUUGGGAGUCAGCCCUGAAAAGGAGGUUUCAUUCCAACUCCAUCAGCUAGUACUUUUCAAAGAAGGGGAAAAUAUACCAAAGAAAAACAAGCUUCCUUCCAAUGUUUUUGCUCAAUUCAUUGUUCAAUUACCUUGCAGCUACGCAGGAGGAAAAGUCAAAUUCUCUCACAGAGAUGAACAAUUAGAGUACGAUUUAGUGGAACAAUCAUUUUAUCUUCCAUCCUAUAUUACAUACUUUACUGAGUGUCAAGUAAAUGAGGAUAAAAUUGAGGAAGGAUACAAACUCUACCUUGUUUAUAACUUGAUUUACAAUGGAAAGCCUUCAUUCAAGCCAUCAUUGGAAACAGUUUUUAAAGUGGCUGAUAAUUUGAAAAAGAUUGAAGCUCUGUGGUCUCCACAAGAGUCUCCAUUUGCAGUCUAUUUGCUUGAUUCAGUCAAGGAGGCAGACUGCAGAGUUGAUUUAUUGAAAGGACAAGACCUUGUAUUAUAUAAUUUUUUCACUCUUUUCAAUGAUCAGUAUUCUCUCUUUGAUAUUUAUUUGGGAGUGUUUGAAAGAACAACAUUGAGAACAACAAAAACCUCCUCCACUAGAAAGGUAGUAAAUGAUGACGAAAUUUAUGACAGCGAUGAUGAAAGUAGCUACCUGGUGAAGAGAUUGACUAAUCCUAAAACUGGUGUGGUAGUUUCACAAAUGUUCAAAAUUGAAUUAUCUGAUACAAUUCCAUACGAUAUUGCCAGUAUCUCCUCCAAUAGAAAUUGCCUGGUUGUUAUUCCAAAGAAAUAUCACUACCUUAGUCUCAAAUACAUGGAUGCCAAGACGUGCUAUGAGGGAUUUAUAACUCUAUACAAAGAAUUCAUGAUAGAUCCAACAAAAAGAAAUUUAUGUAUCGAGUUGGCAUCUUCACAAACACAAUCUCAAUUUUUCAAAGGAAAACUUUUGGAAUUGAUUCCAAUACUUCUUAAUUUGAGUGAUAUUGACCUUUUCAAAAAAUUCCUCAUUCCAAUCCCAAUUCUUGAUUUACCAACAUGGAAUACCAUUCUCAAUCACUUUGGAUUGGAUAAUUUAAAGACCGAGUUCUUGUCUGGUCUUGUUGGGUAUGUUUGCUAUAAGACGCAAGAUUUAGAAAAGAGAGCCAAUCAAACUUUUAAUUAUUUGAUAGGACUUGCUGAUGAUCAACUAUCAUUGGAUUUUAUGAGCAGGUUUUUGGAAAAGUUGGAUAAUAUCACCAAUAAUAUUAAUACAGGUAUUCUGUCAAUUAACUUUUUGGUUUCCCUCAUUGAAACCUGUAGCAAAUUGAAAAUUGAAUCUGAAGUGAUUGGUCGAAUUUCAUUGAAAAUUAUUCAGACAAACGCUAUCGAAACAUGCACUGAGCAGAUAAUCCAGGUUUUACAAGCCCUACACUCACAAAAUCAAAUAGGUCUCUGUAACCAAAUAUUUGAGCUGAUAAUAAGACGCGCACAGCCUCAAAUAUUUACUGUAAUAAUGCCUGUAGUUAUUUCCUCCAUCUCAUUACUCGGAGUGGAUAAUAUCAAGUCGAAGAUUGUCGAAUUUUGCAACAAGAUGAUUAACACCAGCACUAUCAUGCAUGCCCUCCAAAUUAUAGAAGUAUCUGUCCAGAAAAAUGAUGACAAGCUACUCUAUCUUUCUAAAUAUUUCAGAAAGGGUGUGAUUAAUUGCUUGCAAAUCUCUCAAAUUACUCUCAAUUUAUGCCAAAAAGUUUUGGGAGUUUUAUACAGGGCAAAUUUCAAAGAUGAUAUUUCCACAAUUACUUCAAUUAUCAUUGGCAAAUCAGGCAUGAUUGAAAAUUCUAUUCAUGAAUUGCUAAUUCCUCUCAUCAAGUGGACAGAUAAGGAGCUUGGCAAGCAUGCCUUUUUAAAUCCAGGGUUCAAUUCCAUUCUUCAGUAUUGCAUUAACAUGUUGAGAAUGUCUAUAGGAAAUACUCAAUCAUCAGAACAGGAUUGGUCACUGAAUGUAUCUCUUGCCUGUAAUUGUGACGUCUGCAACUCUCUUGCAUUCUUUUUAAGAGACAAGGUAAAAACAAAAUUCGAAUACAGAAAAGCAGAAGCACAAAGAAAUCACGUCAUGUUAAGUGCUAAAGCAGCUGCAGAAAAAUACUUGAAAUUUGACACUGUCAAGGAUAGAAGUCCUUAUUGUCUUGUCAUUCAGAAGGUCUCCACACCAAAUGAUGCAGAAAAGAAGAAGGCGCAAGCUUUGAAAGAAACUUUCGAAUACUUGACUCGACUCUCCACAACUGUUAUGAAUUUGAAUAACCCAUCAAUGGCUACCAGUUCUUCCAGCUCAAGUAUCAGCAGUACAACAAGUAACACUAAAAGAACCUAUCCUUCUUCAUCUGAUUCAGAUGAAUCCCUUCGAAGAAUUAAUAAGAAGAGUAAAUAA